AUGGCGGGCGGGUUCACGGGUCUAUUAGAAAAAUCUAUUAGCGCCUCGAUAACAGAAAUUUAUGCGGGCAGGUUUUCUGCCGCAGGGCUCUUGGCGGUCAGUGGAUACGCUAGUCUGUAUUGGGCCAAGCGCAUUAUCGACGUGACCGACCUCACAACUCGGAAGUGCUCGACCAACGGUGAAGCCCUGGGAACAAUUGCCGCAGUCGACAUCUCGGAUUCGCAAUCGCCUCGCCUCUACCAACCGCCUUGCUUUGCGCACCCUGAUCCACCUCCAAUGGCGCCCACUCCAGAGUCAGUCGCGUUCCUGGCCAAGAAGCCAACGGUCCCAGCGAGCUUCGACGGUGUCGACUAUGAUGACACGCAGCGAUUGAAGCAAGCACAGGACGCAAUUCUGCGCGAGCAGUGGGUUAGGAGUAUGAUGGCACGUCUCGUCAGAGAGGAGAUGGGCAAGUGCUACUACCGCGAGGGAGUCAACCACCUCGAGAAGUGCGGAGCGUUAAGAGAGAGAUAUUUCGAGCUGCUCAAAGAGUCCAAGGUCCGCGGUUACUUGUUCCAGCAGCAAAACUACAUCCCCGAGAAAUAA